AGCUUUAUGAAUACCCCAAACAAAUGUUAAUUUCUACUGCGUGCACAAUUCGAACAAUGAGCAAUAUUCCAAAAACCACAAAUAAACUAUCUUUGGCCAGUAAAUUGGCUAAGAAGCAAAUAAUUAAGCCAACAAGAAUCAUAGGCAAGCACAAUAAAAAUGAUAAUGAACAGGACAUUGAGGACUUGGUACAGGAAAGUCGCUACUUCUCUCCAAUCCAAACCCGUAAACAGCGUCAGGUAAAGACCAUAAAGAAGGAACUGCCAGCUACUCCGCCGCCAGUAAAGAAAUCACGAGAAUCCCAGGAUAAAAAGGAAGAGGAAUCGCAGGUUUCGAAAAUUCCAAUGGGCACAGCCAUUGUAGUAAAAUGCCCAGUUGUGGCCGAUGAAAAGAUCGAACUGGAGGUGGAGUCACCUAAUGCCAUGUGGGAACAACAAUUGGAGAAUAUUCGCCUAAUGCGCCAAUCGGCUGCUGCUCCAGUGGACACUAUGGGAUGCCAUAAAUGCGCAGAUCAAGAGGCUGAUGAAAAAACCCAAAGAUUUCAAAAUUUGGUAGCUCUAAUGCUGUCCAGUCAAACAAAAGAUGAAACCACUUUCGAGGCCAUGAAGCGCUUAAAAGCCCGAAAUCUUUCCCCGGGCAACAUAAAGGAUAUGCCAACAAGUGAAUUGGAGGGUCUUCUACAUCCAGUGUCCUUCUACAAGAACAAGGCCAAAUAUCUGAAGCAAACAUCAGAGGUUCUCCUAGACAAAUACGGAGGUGAUAUACCGGAUAAUGUCAAAGACUUGAUUGGUCUACCCGGAGUCGGUCCUAAAAUGGCUCACAUCUGUAUGAGCGUGGCAUGGCAUAAAAUAACUGGCAUUGGCGUGGAUGUACAUGUCCAUAGAAUCUCAAAUCGUUUGGGCUGGCUAAAGACCCCCACCAAAGAGCCAGAGCAAACACGUCUGGGCCUAGAGAAAUGGUUACCCAAGUCUCUGUGGUCGGAAGUCAAUCACCUGUUUGUGGGCUUCGGUCAAACUAUUUGUACACCUGUCAAACCAAAUUGUGCCCAAUGCCUCAAUAGAGAUGUUUGUCCAUCUGCCUAUAAAAAUGAAACAAAAACUAAGAAAAAGUGAAAUAAUUGUUCAUGCAAAACCAUUUUAAUAUUUAAGAUAAAGAGCUAAAUUGUUUAAGUUGAAUUGGCAAAAAGUA